AAAGGGAAGGUGGAAAGCGGUUUGUUCAAUUUCAAGGAGAAAUACAUGUCUGUCAAGAGAUUUCACUGUUCGUCACGGGGAUUGGGGACCCCGUUCAUAUAACACACAGGAUCAGCGCAAUGAAGAGAGCAUUGCCUUUGGUUUUUUGGGGGAAGUGUAUAUUUUGCCGGCGACGGCAAAAGUUUUUCAGAGCUAUUUUGCCAGGAUGUGUUUCCGAAUGUAUUAUAGAGAAAAUACCACACUUAAUUGAGCAAUGCAGUAGCUCAAUAGGAUAAACUGAAUGUCUGCGUGAGCGCAAGUCUCCAGGUUCAUAUCGCAAUGGAGGAUUUUUUUUCUUUUUUUAUUUCUUUUUCCUAGCAAUGAGGGGGUGACAAUUUUGUUAAAGUAAUAAAAAUCUGUAAUUUAAUUACGUUUUCAUCCAUUUCUUUCUAUUUCAUGGUUUUGGAGGUUUUUUUUGAGGGAAAUAAACUCUGAAAUUUCAAAGGUCUGAUUUCCGCCCCCUACUGUACGUUAAUGAAAGUGCAGAACCAGACUUAGUAAAACGUCAUAGGCCUAGUAGUCUGAUGAUGUAAUGAGAAUUGGCCAAUGAAAACACAUCCCGGCCAAAUAUCGUUUCAGAACUUUUGUCGUCACUGGCUAAAUAUCCACUGCCUUUUUGGGGGGGGGCUGACCAGUUUUCAUGGUUUUACAAGAUUAAAAUGAUAAAAAACUGAGGGGUCUCCAAAUACCAUUCCCUGUGUCAUCAGUAACAACAAUGGAGGAUACCGCUGCUGUGAAGGCUGUGGUACUGGCUGCCAACCAAUAUCAUAACAACCAGAGUGAUAGCAACUUGGUUCAACUACAGCGACAACUGGAUACUUUGAUAGGUAUUUGCUCCCGAGGGAAGCCGUUGGUUUUCUUUUCUACAAAGCAGCUGUUGCCUACAGAAUGCCUGACGUGUCUGGUUGACAUCCUGAAUGAGCAGACCACACCCACAGAGUUAGCCCAGCGAACAAUGGUUUUAUUGUUUAAUCUAGCUGCUGAUACUGAGAUUCGGGAGACAUUACAGACAACAUUCAAUCUUCCUGUCUCUCUUGCAUCAUAUCUCAGAGUUAGCAUGGACACAGUGGGAGAACAGGUCAUUAUACAGUGUGUACAGCUUCUUCAACGAGUCACCUACAAUUACCACAUACCGUAUCUGAACACCACCAUGGAAGACCUAGUCCGGUUCCUGAUCUCUCAUGUCCAAGGUGGAGAGAAUGAACUAACUAUGCCGUGUCUUGGCCUUCUGGCCAACCUGUGUCGACACAAUGCAUCUAUACAGGCAUACAUCAAGGCAAUGGACAACCUCAAAGCAUUCUAUCGGACGUUGAUUCACCAACUGUCUCACAGCAGUCUGACAGUCAUUGUCUUCUCAUUGUCCAUCCUCUCCAAUCUGUGCCUCAAUGAGGAGCUUGGAGAAAAGCUUUUUAGUGCCAAGAAUAUCAGUCAGACAUUCCAGCUUGUGUUCAACAUUCUAUUGAACGGUGAAGGCAUCUUGACUAGACGUUAUGCAGUGGAUGUCUUUGUGGAUUUGUUGAAGAGCCCUAAGAUUCAACGCUUCUUGAUUGUAUACGAGCAUUUUCCAGUGUGCCUUCAACAAGUGUUGAAGCUAGUGACCAACCAAGAUGCAGAAACUGUCAACAAAAUCUUUGAGCUCCUGCUGGCAUUCUGUGCCGUGACAGACCUCCGACCCCCCAUCUGUAAGAAUCUGAUGGCCACACCUUCCCUUCAGAAUGUCGACACCCAUCAUAGGGGAUCAGGCAAACUAUCUACCUCAGAGCCCUUCUUAGCUGUCAUCACCUGGGCCUCCCAACCAGUGGACUUGCAUGAGAGUGUAUCCCUAAUGGCUGUGGAAUUGCUGAAAGAAGUUUACGAGGAGAUGAUAGACUCUGGUCUAGUUAGUCAGCUUUCCCCACGAGUAGACCUAGUCCUACCCAUGGCCUUGGAGCAGCUGAUUGCUCCUACAGAGAUGGAUGGUCCAAUGAUGAAAUACAGAUGUAAUAAACUCACCAAGAUCAUCAAUCUACUCAUAGCUAUCUGUGGAGACUCUAGCUUAAGGUCAGAGGUCGCUGGCAUUCUGAAUGUCCAGGAUUGCUUCCAAAUACUAGAGCACCAAUUCAAUCACAAUAGGAUUGGAUUGACUAUGAGCAGGACUGCUGUGGACUCAGAUUGGAGUGAGUCAGGUGUUAGUACCGUUCUUCACCUGUUGGAUCUCCUACUCAAGCUAAGGAGAGAUAUCCCUCAAAUGGAUCAACGAUUGGUCAAAGUGAUGCAGGAUCAGCGUCUGGUUCCCUUCCUCGCCCAUGCUAUUACCACUGAUCAACGAGUCAGUGUACAGACUGCCCUCAGGCUUAUAAGCACAGCAUCCAGUUUACCAGAGUUCCCCACCAUUGUUCUUGGUGAGAGCAUCGCUGCUAACAAUUCUUAUAAAACGGAGGAGCUGGAGACACUCCGGAGGCCCCUGAAUGUGGAUAACCCAGGACAGCAUGCCAUCCUGUCUCCAAGACGACCACAGACGUACCAUUAUGAGAGGAGGGGUGGCCCAGUGAAUGUGGCCAAAGAUGGGAAACAGAUGGAGACCAAUAUUCAGAGUUUGAUUGAAAAGAUGCAGUCUGGACUAGAUCUUAAAGACAUGCGGGCAUCCGAGAUCAUGGAUGUGUACGAGCACAAGCUGUCAUCUCUUGCUACCAAAGAGAGCCACCUGCAAGACUUAUUGGAAGCCAAGGCACUUGCUCUGGCCCAGGCAGACAGGUUGAUAGCCCAGUAUCGAUGCCGACGGGCACAGUCAGAAGCAGAGGCAAGAAAGCUACGUUCCCUCCUGCAGGAUUCUGAGAAACGAAGCGAGGAAUACCGAGAAAACCUCUUUGAGACAAAGUCGCGUGAGCAGAAUAUGACUUUGGAGAUUGAGAAAUUGACAGCCAGGAAUGAACAGCUUCAGGAGAGGUUAGAGCUACUGGAGGUGACUCAUACUGAACAGACACGCAAUUUAGAAACUGUCCAACGAGCUCUGACUGCUCAACGAUCGGAGCAUCAAGCACUGAAGGAAAUGCAUGAAGUGUUACAACGACAUAAUGAAACAUUGCGAGAACAACAUGAAAGAGCCACAGUGAGACUAAAUGAGCUUGAGGACGAGAGAGAUAACCUGCAGCGUAAUCUCCGAGACAAGGAAUCCCGUCUGGCUGAUACCAGUAGGACCUUGCAGGAGACCCAAGAGAGACUAGCCAAGAUAGACAGGGAGAGAGAUGAGUUUGAGAAAGCCUUAGAUAACCUACGCUUAGAACUACAGAAAAUGGAAAGCAAGAAGAAAGAACUGACACUGCAGGUGUCUUCAUUGGAGGUGUUGUGUCGUCAGCAUGAGUCAGAUCUCAGAAAGAAAGAAGCAGCCAUCAAACAGUUGAAAACUGAUGUUGAAAAGCAUGCCCAAAUCACCCAGAUGAUUCACAGCUUGACUGGGGGUAAUGCAACAUCCUGAAGAAUAGCUUUGAGUUGGAACUUUGGACGUUUACCUCAACCAUGACAAAUAUGUUCAGCGUGUGCACAAAUGAAGUGGAUUAUUGGUAUUGUGGAUGGGAGUCCGUUGGGAAUCAUGUAACUGUCCAGAUGUACUAAUUGAUGCUCUAGGGAUGUUUAUGGAAUCGAUACGUGCUUCUACACUUAAUGCAUUAUGGAUAGUAAGUUUUGAGCCACUGUGAACAUCGUACAAAUGAUGCAAGUCUGUGUCUUUUUAAUUUUAGAAAUGUCUAUCCAUGAUUCCCCAUCCUAAUGCAUUUUGUGAUAGUGGUUUUUGUUUCCAGUGGUACCCUGAGCUGUCAUCAGGAGAAAGAUGAAAUUAAAAUAUCUUUUUGACUGCCUGGUUUUCCAUCUUGUCUGUUAAGUUCAACUCCUAGUUGUUACUUCUUUGUGUUGGUUAAAUUCCUUCCAUCAGGGUUGUAGGGUCCUCUUACACUGGUCAUUUUGUCUGACCCUGAAUCAUCUCUAUAUAUCAAUUCACUAUUGGGGCUUCCACACUAAGACCUGUAACAUGUACAUUAUAAAUACAUUUAGAAUUUUUCAGUUAGUUAUUGAGUAAAGGGUAUGGUACAAGCUUAAGUUCUGAUAUACAUGUACGUGUAAUCAUAUGCUAACAUGUUUUUGCAGAAAGUUCAAAAUAAUUUCAUUUUAGUUUUUAGAAGACCUGUUAUGUGUGUAUAUAUGAAAAAGGCAUAUUAAAUAAGUGCACUUAAUUAGCCAUUCAUCUUGUUGUGAAAUGCCUGUAUUCUGAGUAUCAAAGACAACCAGAAUGACUGAAUUUGAUAAUUGAUUGCAAAAACACAGUAAUUAAUGACAAAAUAGUAACAUGCAUAGAAUCAUCAUUUCAUGUAAUGUUAAUUUUAAAACUCAGUGAAGUCAUUCUGUGCUCUUUCACACUGAUGGAAUCUGACAUAUCCCAAGGUUUCAUUUUGUAAGCAAGAUGAAAUCAAUCACCUUACCAGCACUGAAUAGGCAGCUUCUGGUAACUAACGAGACAAAUUUAUAGCUCGUCAAUUUCAUGGAAUAGUCAUUUAUAAAACAAAAACUCUGCCACAAA